AUGCGUUUCCAAACUUUCCUCCUCGCAGUUUCUUUUAUUGGCACGUCCAUAGCUAUGGCUAUUAGCCCCAGAAUUGAGAUAAACUCUGAAUUUGCUGCAGAGGGUGCUCUUGAGGCACAGCCUAAUCGUGAUGAUUGGUGA